AUGGCUUGUUCAUCAUCAAAUUGUGUUUGUGCUAAGAAAUCCACUUGUUCAUGUGGUAAACAACCUGCUUUACAAUGUAACUGUUCAAAAGCUGCUAGUGAAAACGUAGUUAAAGGAGAAUCAUGUUCAUGCGGUAAAAGAUCUAAAGAUGCAUGUACUUGUGGUAUGCAUGGAGCCUGUGAUGGUUCAAGAGAAGGUGAAAUUGAUUUCACUAACAUGAAAUAG